GCCCCUGCCUGCUCCCUGCCCACCUUCUUUGGGCCACCACAGAGGCAGUGCUGGAGGGAGGCUGGAAGCCCCUGCUGAUGCCACCCCUCAUUCCUGCCCCACUAGACCUCCCCACUGGGACCACAGGCUCUGCCUCCCCCAGGAGGGUGGCUGGAGGGACAUGGGGCUGGGGCAGAGCAUCCCUGCGGGCGGUGCAGGAGGCAGUGGGAAAGGACCCAGCUGAAGGCAAAGGAGAGAAGGGAAAAGAUGGAGGGAUGUCCCCAUGGAGGGGCUCAGGCCCCUGGUGUGGUGGAGUGGGCAGCUCACAGAGGUCUGCUGGCCUUGCUCAUGUCCUGUGUCGCCCCUCCGGUGAGUCCUGCUCCGGGCAGCCCUCUGUCAGACAGAGAGUACCGGCUCUUCUUCGCCCACCUGCAGCCCCCCUGGAAGGCAGAGGUGUCCUGCCAGCUGCGCCAGGUACACGGCUGCCUCAGCCCCAUCAUCCUGCAGCUGGACCAAGAGGAGAACCAUGGCCGUGUCCCCAACGGGCCAGUCUGCUCUGACUUCCAGGAAUCACCGUGGUUUCAGACCUUCUGCCACUUCGCCCAGUACCGCUGCUUCACACACCAGUUCUACAUCAAGCGAAUCCCAUGCCUGAAUUUGUCUCCAAAAAGCCUUCUCCCGACGGGGCAAACCCACACAGGGGGCUCCUGGACAAGGGGCGAAAGCUCCCCUGCAGAAGAAGCUCCAGGGCCAGCUUUCUUGCCUGCUGACAACCUGCUUCGCGCCAGCGUGGACACUCUCCUGAAGUACUCCUACGCGCUCUCAAAUCAGAAACCAGUGCCGAGGAACCUUGCCCUGAGCACAACAAAGCUGCCGACAGCCCAGCAAGGCAGGGGGCUGACCCUGCCAGUCCCACUUACCCCUGCCCCAGUGCCUCCCUGGCUGGGAUCCCCUCCGGAGCCAGAGCAAGCCUGGGAGCAGCACCUGCAGAAGGGCAUCUGGCAGCUGAUCCACAUGGCCCUCGACUUGGAGAUGUCUCAGGUGGGCAGGGAGGGCUUUUCUCUGAACUCCAGCCCCCAGCCAGACUCGGAGAGCACAACAGGCAGCCCUCAGGAGGAGGUGCAGGAAACGGCAUUCCGUGGCAGCCUUUUAGCCCUGAAGACGGAUGAGGCAGUGAUGAUCCUGUGCUAUGCAAUGCUGGAGGGAAACUGUCUCUCGUCAGUGGUCGCUCAGGCUUGGAAGGAGAUGGAAGAAAGCGUCUUUGGGUUCGGAGAUUCGGUGUGUGACAGCCUCGGGCGGCAUCACAUGAACCUGUGUCCUGAUUGUGCUUUCUGCUCGCUGAAGAGGGAGCAAUGUCAAAACAUCCAUACCCUGAACCGUGUUCACUGUGAGACAGGCAGCUUCUCCCCUUACAUCAACCCUCAGAUCUCAGCCCAGCACCAGGCUGCAAGCAACAAGACCAGCUUCCCGGAGACCUCAGACUACCAUGGCAUAGAGGUAUUCAGAGGGCUGAGGGCAGAGUACUGGUGCAGCCGGAUGGCCACUUAUGGCUGUGAGGACGCUCGUGUGGCCCUCUGGCUGAAGGCAGAGUACAGUGCCUUCAAAGAUGGAGGUGUCCCAAACCAGAUCUGUGACUCAGAUGGAAUUCAGCACCCUAGCUACUGCGGGUUCAAAAGCCACCAGUGUCUCCAGCAGAGCCUCAAAAACCAGAGGGUGUUUCGCCGCAGCUGCCACAGGAACAAGACAUACCGGGUGCUGAGUGAGAAGGAAGGAGAGGAGGAAGUGGAGCUGUGGCGCCAGAGGUUCCUCGACCUCUCCAGGGGGUGAUGCAUAGUAGCAGUGACAUAUGCAGGGAGCACAGGGCUCCAUCAGGCUCUUUGGGGCUGUGGUGGGACGUAGUACCCUGGAUAGGCUUGGACAGCUCUUCCCAGACCCCUUUGCUGGUUAUGGCAGCUCAUCAUGGCCAGAUCUCACCCUCCAAGCAUCUGCUCUGCACCAGGGGCAGCAGCAGACCAUGAUGGGAGCCUCACUCAACAGCAUGUCACUGUGGCACCUGCUGGAACCCCUGGAAACAUUUUUCUCCAGCCAAAGGAGCAGCUGAGCAUUGAGAAGGCAUCAGCCCUGGGAACCUGGAUUUAGAGUCUCUGGUCCAAGCAUCGUUGUCUGACAUCCCAACCACCUCUUGCCUCCCUCCCUCCCUGCAGGUCUAUACCAGUUAGGAGA